GCGGCACCUGGAAGAUGCGCCCUGUGGCUGCUGGUGCCUUCAGGGCGCUGCUGCUCGUCUUGGCCUCCGUGUGCGCCUGGUACUCCGGGUACCUGCUGGCGGAGCUCAUCCCGGACGCGCCGCUCUCCAGUGCCGUCUAUAACAUCCGGAGCAUCGGGGAGAAGCCCAUCCUCAAAGCCCCAACCCCUAAGAGGCAGAAAUGCGACCACUGGACCCCGUGUCCCCCCAACACCUACGCCUACCGAUUGCUCAGCGGGGGCGGCAGAGACAAGUACGCCAAGAUCUGCUUUGAGGACGAGCUGCUCAUAGGAGAGAAGACGGGAAACGUGGCGAGGGGAAUCAACAUUGCCAUCGUCGACUACGUGACGGGGAAGGUGACGGCGGCGCAGUACUUUGACAUGUACGAGGGAGAUAACUCGGGACCCAUGACAAAGUUCAUUCGGAGUGCCCCUCCCAAGUCCCUGCUCCUCAUGGUGACCCACGACGACGGGAGCCACAGGCUGCAGGCGGACGCCAAGCAGGCCAUAGAAGCCCUCGGGAGUAGAGAGAUCCGGAACAUCCGGUUCCGGUCCAGCUGGGUGUUCCUGGCAGCCAAAGGCUUCGAGCUCCCGUCGGGCAUCCAGCGGGAAAAGAUCAACCACUCCGACAACUCGAAGAACAGAUACUCGGGCUGGCCGGCGGAGAUCCAGAUAGAGGGCUGUGUGCCUAGAGGGCUGAGCUGACGCUCGGGGCCCUUCCUGCUCGACUUGUACAGACGAACGUGGCUGGCGCAGCCCAAGGAGCUUACCCACUUGCCAAUAUUUGAUGAUAACUCUGGGUUUGUUGUAGACCAAAGAACA